AUGACAUAUGUUCAGAGAUGCAGGCCUCGUUGAUUGGUAAUUUGAUUCUGUCCGAAGUUAGCAAACGUCACAAACACAACAGGGAAAUCAUGGGACCUGUUGAAGAAGCUUUGGUACGACUGGGCAGUGGUCAGUCUCAAACGAGCCAGCCCAGACCUACUUAG